CUAAGAGGUAUUAGGAAGUAUGUGUCUGAAGCACUUCACAGAACCACAUGGACCUUGGUAAAAACUGGUUGGUUGAUCUCCACAAGCUUGUAUGUAUAAUUUUCUUCUGGAAAAUUUCUUCUGGAGAGCAUAGACUUAUCCUGGGUUGGCUUAUAAUCUCCUGAUCUUUACGACGUUGUUUUGUGUGGGCUGUAACUUUGCACAGCCAUGUCUUUCAGUCCAGUUAUAUUCAAUGAGCUGUGUGAAGAUGAGGAGGGUGAUAUAGCUCCUGAUUUAGAGUCUGUUAAAGCCCUGACAGCCAGAUUGAACCUGCAGACCCGUCGACCAUCAUACCAAGAAUGGACACAGAGAGUACAAGCACGACCAUGGGCAAAAAAUCGAGCUGUUGCCCAAGAGAAACUAUCUUCCAAUCAAGAGCAAAGCAUCCGAAAAAACAGCAUCUGUGGGUUCAGCUCUAUAGAUGAAGCUUUACAAUGGCUGAGGAAAGAACUACAGGAGAUGCAGGCUUCAGACCACCUCCUGGCACGCCAGCUUAUGCUAUUACGAUCCCGGAUCUCACAGUUUAAAAUAGAGCAGACCUGUGAGAGGCAUAAGGAGAUGCUAGACGAUGCUACUUUCGACCUAGAGGGUUGUGAAGAAGACUCUGAUCUACUCUGCAACAUUCCACCACGUGCUGCCUUCUCUCUUUCAACUCCCCUCAAACACAUCGGGGUGACACGCAUGAAUAUUAACUCCCGAAGAUUUUCAUUGUGCUAAGAAGUACGGUACUCAUCAUGUGUAAAGAGCAAAAAAAUAUUACCAAACUCCCAUCAGAAUAUGAUGUCUAUGCUAAAUGCAUUUA